CUCCUGAUCUCUCUGCAGGACACGCCCGUGGAUAUGGGUGGGGCCCUGGGGACAGCCCUGCUGCUCACCUCACUCCUCGGUGCCUGGGCAGGGCUGGGCCCGGGGCAGGGCGAGCAGGCUGUGACGGUGGCCGUAGUAUUUGGCAGCUCGGGGCCGCCCCAGGCCCAGGCCCGGACUCGCCUCACCCCCCAGAGCUUCCUGGACCUGCCCUUGGAGAUCCAGCCACUCACCGUGGGGGUCAACAACACCAACCCCAGCAGCCUCCUCACCCAGAUCUGUGCGCUCCUGGGUGCGGCUCGCGUCCAUGGCAUCGUCUUCGAGGACAACGUGGGCACUGAGGCCGUGGCCCAGAUCCUCGACUUCAUCUCCUCCCAGACUCACGUGCCCAUCCUCAGCAUCAGUGGGGGCUCCGCUGUGGUCCUCACCCCCAAGGAGCCGGGCUCCGCCUUCCUGCAGCUGGGCGUGUCCCUGGAGCAGCAGCUGCAGGUGCUGUUCAAGGUGCUGGAGGAGUACGACUGGAGCGCCUUCGCCGUGAUCACCAGCCUGCACCCGGGCCACGCGCUCUUCCUCGAGGGCGUGCGCGCCGUCGCCGACGCCAGCUACCUGGGCUGGCGGCUGCUGGACGUGCUCACCCUGGAGCUGGGCCCCGGCGGGACGCGCGCGCACACCCAGCGCCUGCUGCGCCAGAUCGACGCCCCGGUGCUGGUGGCCUACUGCUCGCGCGAGGAGGCCGAGGUGCUGUUCGAAGAGGCGGCGCACGCCGGCCUGGUGGGGCCCGGGCACGUGUGGCUGGUGCCCAGCCUGGCCCUGGGCAGCACCGACGCGCCCCCCGCCGUCUUCCCCGUGGGCCUCAUCAGCGUGGUCACCGAGAGCUGGCGCCUCAGCCUGCGCCAGAAGGUCCGCGACGGCGUGGCCAUCCUGGCCCUCGGCGCCCACGGCUACCGGCGCCAGCACGGCGCCCUGCCCGCCCCGGCUGGGGACUGCCGCGGCCACCCCGGGCCUGUGAGCCCUGCCCGGGAGGCCUUCCACAGGCACCUACUGAACGUCACCUGGGAGGGCCGGGACUUCGCCUUCAGCCCCGGUGGGUACCUGGUCCAGCCCACCAUGGUGGUGAUCGCCCUCAACCGGCACCGCCUCUGGGAGAUGGUGGGGCGCUGGGACCGCGGCGUCCUCCACAUGAAGUACCCAGUGUGGCCUCGCUACAGCGCGUCCCUGCAGCCCGUGGUGGACAGCCGGCACCUGACCGUGGCCACGCUGGAGGAGCGGCCCUUCGUCAUCGUGGAGAGCCCGGACCCUGGCACAGGCGGCUGCGUGCCCAACACCGUGCCCUGCCGCCGGCAAAGCAACCACACCUUCAGCAGCGGGGACACAGCCCCCUACACCAAGCUCUGCUGUAAGGGCUUCUGCAUCGACAUCCUCAAGAAGCUGGCCAAGGCGGUCAAGUUCUCCUACGACCUGUACCUGGUGACCAACGGCAAGCAUGGCAAGCGGGUGCGCGGCGUGUGGAACGGCAUGAUCGGCGAGGUGUACUACAAGCGGGCAGACAUGGCCAUCGGCUCCCUCACCAUCAACGAGGAGCGCUCCGAGAUCGUGGACUUCUCCGUGCCCUUCGUGGAGACGGGCAUCAGCGUGAUGGUGGCGCGCAGCAAUGGCACCGUGUCCCCGUCAGCCUUCCUGGAGCCCUACAGCCCCUCGGUGUGGGUGAUGAUGUUCGUCAUGUGCCUCACCGUGGUGGCCCUCACGGUCUUCAUGUUCGAGUACUUCAGCCCCGUCAGCUACAACCAGAACCUCACCAGCGGCAAGAAGUCCGGGGGCCCCUCCUUCACCAUUGGCAAGUCCGUGUGGCUGCUGUGGGCGCUGGUCUUCAACAACUCGGUGCCCAUCGAGAACCCCCGGGGCACCACCAGCAAGAUCAUGGUGCUGGUCUGGGCCUUCUUCGCCGUCAUCUUCCUGGCCAGCUACACCGCCAACCUGGCCGCCUUCAUGAUCCAGGAGCAGUACAUCGACACGGUGUCCGGCCUCAGUGACAAGAAGUUUCAGCGGCCUCAGGAUCAGUACCCACCCUUCCGCUUCGGCACAGUGCCCAACGGCAGCACGGAGCGCAAUAUUCGCAGCAACUACCGGGACAUGCACACCCACAUGGUCAAGUUCAACCAGCGCUCCGUGGAGGACGCGCUCACCAGCCUCAAGAUGGGGAAGCUGGACGCCUUCAUCUACGAUGCCGCUGUCCUCAACUACAUGGCGGGCAAGGAUGAGGGCUGCAAGCUGGUCACCAUCGGCUCCGGCAAGGUCUUUGCCACCACCGGCUACGGCAUCGCCAUGCAGAAGGAGUCCCACUGGAAGCGAGCCAUCGACCUGGCGCUCCUGCAGUUCCUGGGGGAUGGGGAGACCCAGAAGCUGGAGACGGUGUGGCUCUCGGGGAUCUGCCAGAACGAGAAGAACGAGGUGAUGAGCAGCAAGCUGGACAUCGACAACAUGGCGGGCGUCUUCUACAUGCUGCUCGUGGCCAUGGGGCUGGCCUUGCUGGUCUUCGCGUGGGAGCACCUGGUCUACUGGAAGCUGCGCCACUCGGUGCCCAGCACAUCCCGGCUGGACUUCCUGCUGGCCUUCAGCAGGGGCAUCUACAGCUGCUUCAGCGGGGUGCAGAGCCUGGCCAGCCCCGCGCGGCCGCCCAGCCCCGACCCGUCGGCCGGCUCCGCGCAGGCCAGUGUGCUCAAGAUGCUGCAGGCGGCGCGCGACAUGGUGACCACGGCCGGCGUGAGUAGCUCCCUGGACCGCGCCACGCGCACCAUUGAGAAGUGGGGCAGCCGCCGCGCGCCCCUGACUCCCGCCUGCCCGGGCCCUCGGCCGCCCACCCCGCGCCGGCCCCCCGACCCGGGCUCCAGAGGUGGCGGCCGCGCCGCGCUGGGGCGCAGGACCCCGCAGCUGCUGGGCCGCCCCCCGACGCCAAGGCCGCCCCUGCCCGACGGCUCCCGGGUGUCGGGCCGGCCCGCCUGGGAGGUGCGGUGGCCGGUGCGGACCCGGCGCUGCGGGCGGCACCUCUCGGCCUCCGCGCGGCGAGCGCUCCCGGAGCGCCCCCUGUCGCCCGAGCGCUGCCACUACAGCUCCUUCCCUCGAGUCGACCGGUCGGGACGCCCCUUCCUCCCGCUCUUCCCGGAUUCCCCGGAGCCGGAGGAUCGGCCCCUGCUCGGGCCGGAGCAGCUGGCCCGGAGGGAGGCCCUGCUGCACGCCGCCUGGGCCCGGGGCCCCCAAGCGCGCCACGCGUCCCUGCCCAGCUCGGUUGGCGAGGCCUUCGCCCGGCCCAGCGCGCUGCCCGCCAGGUGCGCCCGCCCGGCCUGCGGGCGCUGGGCGCAGGCGCAGUCGAUGUGGCUGCCAUCCUACAGGGAGGCCUGUGAGGACCGCGCGUGGGCAGGGGUCCCCGCCUGGCCCCACAGACAGCACGCCUGCCUCUACGCCCAUGCCCACCUGCCGCUUUGCUGGAGGGCUGUCUGCCCUCAUCUCCCACCCUGUGCCAGCCACGGCCCCUGGCUCGCCGGGGCCUGGGGGCCUCCAGGGCACAGGAGCAGGACCCUGGGGCUGAGUACAGGCUACAGGGACAGUGGGGGGCCGGGAGAGGUCAGCAGGGCGGCCUGUGGGACGCAGGGCCUCCUGGGACCUUGCACCUGGAGGCGGAUCAACAGCCUGGAGUCAGAAGUGUGA